GGAUACUUUUGUGGCGGCGGAUACUUUGGUUGCGGGGCCGCGGCGAUGAGCGGGCAGCGGCGGUACCCGGAGCGCAGCCACACCGCGGCACCCAGCACCCCGGCCGUGCUCUGAACCCCGGCCGAGGGAGGCAGGCGGGCAGGCAGCGAGCGGGCGGCGAACCAGCCGAGCACCAGGCCGAGCGGCUGCCUUUCUCCGGCUUCGCCGCCGCCUCCAACAGCUAAAAGAUGCUGAGCCGGCUGCGAAGCGGCAGCGUCAGGAACCUGGACCGCGAGUUCGACUGCACCGUCAGGCUGCUGGACGAUUCCGAGUACCCUUGCACCAUUCAGCGAGAUGCCAAAGGUCACUAUCUGAUCGACCUCCUCUGCCGUCACAUGAACCUGCUGGAGAAGGACUACUUCGGAAUCAGGUUUGUGGACCCUGACAAACAGAGGCAUUGGUUGGAUAUCUCCAAGUCCAUUAUUAAACAAAUGAAAUCCCAACCUCCGUACACCAUGUGUUUCCGCGUCAAGUUUUACCCAACGGACCCUUCCAUGCUGAAGGAGGAGAUAACCAGGUACCUGGUCUUCCUCCAGAUAAAGAGAGAUCUGUACCAUGGCCGCCUGCUCUGCAAGACCUCGGACGCGGCUCUCCUCGCUGCCUACAUCCUGCAAGCUGAAAUCGGGGACUAUGAUGCAGGGAAGCAUCCUGAAGGAUACAGUUCCAAGUUCCAAUUCUUCCCUAAACAUUCCGAGAAGUUGGAAAGAAAAAUCGCUGAGAUCCACAAAACAGAGCUUAGUGGUCAGUCCCCGGACACAGCUGAGCUGAACUUCCUGAAGAAAGCGCAGACACUGGAGACAUAUGGUGUGGAUCCUCACCCUUGCAAGGAUGUCUCAGGGAACGCGGCCUUUUUAGCCUUCACGCCGUCCGGGUUUGUGGUGUUACAGGGAAACAAGAGGAUUCACUUCAUAAAGUGGACUGAUGUAAGCAAGAUGAAGUUUGAAGGGAAAACGUUUAAUUUAUAUGCCACGCAGAAAGAGGAAUCAAAGAUCGUUCUGACGUACUUCGCCCCAACACCGGAGGCCUGCAAACAUCUGUGGAAGUGUGGAGUGGAGAACCAAGCCUUUUACAAGUUUGAGAAAUCCAGUCAGGUCCGAACGGUUUCAAGUAGCAACAUGUUCUUCAAGGGGAGUCGGUUCCGAUACAGUGGGAGAGUUGCAAAGGAGGUGAUCGAGUCCAGCGCCAAGAUUAAAAGGAGCCCCCCAGAGAUUCACAGGUCAGGCCUGGUGCCCAGUAGGAGUUGCCCCUCCAUCUCCCACGGAUCAAGGUUGAGCAGUGUGCCGAGGACACGCAGGAGGGCUGUGCACAUCUCCAUCAUGGAAGGGCUGGAAUCUCUCCGGGACAGUGCCCACUCCACGCCUGUGCGAUCCAGCUCCCACACGGACACCUUCGCCACCCACCCAGGCAAGACUUCUGCCGCCGAGGGGAACGAGCGGACGUCUGUGAUCGCGGACGAGUUGUACAGCCCGGCCGGCAGCAUGCUGCCCACUCCGGUGUCCGAGCCCGGCCUGGAGUCCGUCCUCCUCCAGCAGGAACACAACCCCACCGGCAGCUGUGGCAUCGAGGAGGAGAGAGAGAGUGAGGUGGGAGUGGCGGCAGAGGCAGAAGAACCAGGCAGAGGGACUGCUGCCUUGCCUGAAGGUGUUAGUGAGAGGGCAGAGCAGGAACAGGUGAAUACAUUUGUUUUAAGUGUGGUCCGUUUGCUGCUGGUGACCGUCGGACUACUCUUUGCCUUACUCCUGCUCCUGAUCGCUCUUACAGAAUCAGAUAUUGACGUAGCAUUUUUACGUGAUAUACGUCAGACCCCUGAGUUUGAACAGUUCCAUUAUGAAUACUUUUGUCCUCUCAGACGAUGGAUGGUGUGCAAGCUGCGCUACCUGCUAAGCCUUCUCAUUGACACAUGACAUCGCCCAGCCUGAGAAAUCAGCCCAGGGGCACUGAGAAGACAGGAUGAUGCCAAGCUCCCCUCCUCCCCUCUCUGUGGCAGCAUCCAGCUUUAUUGGAUGAAUUCAACUACUGCUGGGAGACUUUCUGACUCAACAAGAUUUCAAGAGGAGUUUUAAACCAAGAGUGAAAUCCACAUUCAGCCAUGCCCCUCCCCAGACCCUUUACCCUCUAUGAAGCUCUUGGACUGUUGUGCUAUAUAAGGUCUAUUAGAGUAAGUGAUUAACCAUUAGUACCCACAGGAACUGAGUAAUACAGCGUGGUUUUGUUAUUGUGAUGUUAAAGAGGUGUGCUACCUUCAGACUUUAAUAAAAGUACCAAGACUACUCUAUGAUAUUAAUAUUAGAGCAGGUGGGUGUCUCAUGUCAAAAUAUAUUCAGUAGUGACAAAAUGUUCCCUCAAAAUUGUAAGACUUUCAAUGUUUGUUAAUUAUCUCCUUGUAAUAUUUUAACAAUUUGACAGAAGAACUAUUUUGAUUAUAAUGUAUAGCGCAUUGGGACGUCCCAAAACACUGAAAGGUUUUUUUUCAUACUGACUAGAGGACAAUAUAUGCAAAAACCCAGGCUGGGUAAUGGAAAGUUGUCCAAGGACACACGACUGUUUGGCCAGUUUUUAAGGCUGGAAUAAAGGGAAGAU